AUGUCUACUUCCGCAAUCCAAGGCCCCGGCAUCCUCUUCGUUCGCUCCCGCAUCUCCCCUUCCGCCAAAGACAUACUAUCCGAGCCCACUUUUCUCGCCUGGUACGACAACGAGCACAUCCCCGAAGUAGUCUCUACAUCCGGCGUCGACUCUGCUUUCCGCUUCCUCGAUAUUCACAAGUCCUCUUCGAUCGGCAAUGAGCAGAACCCGAAGCCGUUUCUGGCUUGUUAUCCCAUGGAAGACCUGGCAUUCACGCUGGGUGAUGAGUUCAAAAGGAUAGGCUUCAAGAGUAGUGCGCUACCCGGUAGUGGUGUGAUUUAUGAUUUGGCGGAUAUGGAUGUUAGUUACCUGGGUAUUGUGGGUAAGACACUGGACAGAAGAGAAUGGGAGGCAGGUGGGCCGAAGUAUGUGAUCACGUCAGGUAUUCGACCGGAGAAGCAGAUAGCAGAAGAACAGGUCACUGCGUUCUUCCAAAAGCAAAUCUCGACGCUCGAAACGUCCCCGCAGUAUAUGCGAACACUGCGCUUCAAACUCCUCUACGCGAGGACGAAUGCGCAGUCUCGUGUUUUCAAGGGCUUGCCGACGACAGAUGAACCCCAUCCCGAGCCGUCGACCUGGAUAGCUAUGCAUGAGUUCGCGGGGCCAUCGGAUGGAAAUGUUGCGAAGGCGCUAAGUGAUGGUGUGAGCAAGGCUGCCGACGAGGGUAGUUGGGGCGAGACGGGAAUUGAGACGCUUGUUUGGAAACUAGAUCGUGUGCAUGGCGAGGAUAAGUUCUUUGAGUAA